AUGGACGGUUGGAACAAAUUACAAUCAAGUCUUUCUGGCCUGAACCUCGGGCAGUCCGCAAACAAGUUUGCAAAGGGCUUCAAUUCCAGUGUCCAGGCAACCAGGGAGCGUUUAGGUCAAGUUGCCCCAGACGAAAUUACGGAGUUACCUCAAGAGUACAAGGAUUUGGAAGCUCGGGUAGACGCGUUGCGUCAGGCACACCUAGCACUUCUCAAAGUAACAAAGGCUUAUGAGAACGAGUCGUAUGACUAUCCGACUCAAAUUCAGGAGUCUAUCACAGAACUCUCGACCACCAUUGGCCAUGGUAUUACAAACUUCGCUGCUACAAACCUCAAGGGCACCAAUCUUCCUACGCCGUCACUUGUCGCCCCGCAAGUUUCUCAACACAAGACUCUACCUCAUGCUCUUUGUCGUGCUGCGACUAACGCUGCAGCUGCAGUGCAACGCACCCCUGGUGGCAAUGAAGAUAAACUCGGUAAAGCACUAACCGUGUACGCAGAUGUUUUCGACAACAUUGCGUCAGCUCGCAUUGAGCAAGAUGAAUCGAUUCAGACCCAAUACCUCCGCCCGUGGCAGACGACGCUUUCAACGUCUAUCAACGUCGCAAUGAAAGCACGCCAAGCCGUUCGCGUCAGCAGACUUGAGUUGGAUGCGGCUAAGCAGACUCUAAAAACUACGAGUCCCGUUAAGCAAGAGCAGGCAAGGCUUGACGUUGAGAACGCAGAGGAUGAUCUCGUGCAGAAGACUGAGGUUGCCAUCACCCUCAUGAAGACAGUUCUUGAAAACCCAGAACCUCUGAAGAAUUUGAAUGAACUUGUGAAAGCUCAGCUGCUUUACUUUGCGGCAGCUGCUGAAGUUCUCUCUUCCGCACAAGGGGAAAUCGAAGAGCUCAGUGUUGCCGCAGAGGGAGAAUAUAGGUAA